GCUUAGUUUACUUUUAUUCCACCGUUACUCAUGUAGUACUUGCAACUCAAAUGACAACCACACUUAUGACCAUACUUUUGUUUAAAAUAACAGAUGGUAGUUUUAGGGAAAAACCUAAUCGAAAAAUCCGUUCCUGAGGCACGAAUAGUUGGAGGUAGUUAUGCUCAAAACCACAAAUACCAAUUUAUCGUCUCCAUCAGAUACGGAUUUAAAGAACAACAUGGAUGUGGUGGUACCAUCCUUGGACCCAACGUUGUUCUGACAGCAGCGCAUUGUCUUUAUUUACGUGAUCCUAUUUCAGUAAGAUAUGGUUCGAAUAAUUUGCUUGAGAACAAUGUAAGAAACGUUAUCAUUUAUGGAAUAUACCAUCAUGACUAUAAUCCAAAAACUUUUCGAAAUGACAUUGCCGUUCUACAUUUACGCGACACCAUAAAAUUUUGUGAGAGUGUCAAACCGGUGGUUCUGGGUAAACUAAAAUCGUUACACCAGCCUGUGGAAGUCGUAGGCUGGGGUUCUGUGAACCCUAAAGACCCCAUUUCCAUAUCAAAUGAACUCAAAGUGGUGGAAAUGAGAGCACUCUACCCUCGAAAUUGUAAAAAACAAAUGGCAAAAAAAUAUAAAUCGCUCAUUUUUUCAACACAUAUUUGCACUAGAGGCACAAGAGGAAGAGGCGACUGCCAGGGAGACUCUGGAGGCCCGCUUCUAGACAAAAAUGAAAAUCAGAUCGGAAUUGUGUCUUGGGGAGUCUCAUGUGCCAAUAAAUCACCUAAUAUUUAUACCAACGUGGAACCUUAUUUUACGUGGUUGAAGGACAAAACAAAAAUUAAUUUAAAUAUUGACAAUAAAUAGUUUGAUUUGA